AUGCUUGAUUUCUGUUGUUGUCGAGGAGUCGACAGUGGUUUCCGAGCACCUAGUGCUCUUGUUGAUGCCGCUGUCGAUUAUCUCGAACCAGAAAUUAUCGUCGAUCACCCGAACACCAGCUUGAUGGCGCCAUCUUCUGCCUUCGCCAGACCUGCAGGUUUGGCCAUGUUGGCAGCCUUGGCGCUUGCUGUGUGCUGGAUGUAUGGAAUGUCUGGACGAACGUCUGAUGUUUUGGAAGAAUGUAUGGAAAGCGAACGAAUGGAUGUGUAUGAUAGCGAGGAUGAUGAUGAACAUGAUGUAUGUGAUAGCAAGGAUGAUAAUGAUGAACUGAAUAUGAGCGAAUGUGAGGAUGAUGAUGAUGAAACUGAUGUAUGUGAUAGCGAGGAAGAUGAUGAAACGAGUGAAAGUGAAGCAGAUGAUGAAACCGAUAUGAGCGAUAGUGAAUAUGUCCUUGAAACUGAUGUGAGCGAAAAUGAGAAAGACCUGGAAGCUGACCCGAGCAAAGUGUCUAGACUGGAAGAAAGUCUAGAACUGGAAGAUCUGAAAGAUAGUAUGGAGGAACUCGUAGAAUUGGAAGAUCUAGAAGACAGCAAGAAGGAACUGGAAGAGACCCCUAAUAUUGAAGAAUUGGAAUGCACUGAGGAGGAAAGAGAGCUGCCGAGACUACAUCAAGAACAGCCAGAUGUAGAAAAGUUGGAAGAAACUCUGGAAAAGAGUCAGGUCUAUGGUACUAGAAUGGAAUAUCUGUGGAAGGAAGCAGAAAAGGCGAUUGAGCAGAUUCAACGUCAACUUGAGGAUAAAGAUAUUUUGCUGGAAAAGAAGGCAGAUGAGAGAGCAGCAAUUAACAGACAAAUCGAGAGUGCCUGCCUUCAAAAAGAACAAGUUUUGACUGAAAAGCGGCGCCUAGAACACGAUUUGGAACUGGCUCUAAACCGAGGAGAGAAGAUAGAGAACUACAAUAGAGAACUGAAGGAGAAAAUAGUGUCUCUGGAGAGACACUUAGAGGAGAAUGAUCAUUUGCUAAAGAAACGGGACGAAGACGAGAGAGAAAUGAAAAGUCUCUUCCAGAAGAAUAUGGUCGAUAAAGAAAGAGAACUGGAGUACGCUCAAGAGAAAGGAAAUGAACUGAGCCUCAAACUUAACGAGGCAGAAACUUUCAUUCAAAUUCUUGAUGCAGAGAAUGAAGAUUUGAUGAGGCUUAUAGUAGAAUACAGGGAUGCCUUAGACCAGAAGGAGAGGAAAGUCGACCAUCUACAAGAAUUACUGGCACGUCAAGCGAUAGAGUCUGAGAACGACCAAGAGAAAAUGAGGACUCUGGAAGUGCAAAUGACGGCCAUUGAAAGCACUGUAGAAGAACUGGAAAAUCAACUAAUGUAUGUUAAAGAGAACCAAGAAGAUCUCCAAGGAAAACUUGAGCUCACUGAAUCAGAAAAGUCUAGAGUUAGGGAGGUUGCAGCUGACCUACAAGAUAGAAAUUGUGAGCUUGAGAAAAACCUGGCAGAUGAGACCCAGAUGAACUUGGUACUAGAAGAUCAAGUUCAGUUCCUAGAAUCAGUUUUGUGCCAAAAAGAAUCUCAGUUGGUCUACGCAUCAGAAAUCCUAAAUGCAGAAAGAGUGAAAACUGAGAUUAUGGCCGAAGAACUACAAGUGAUGAGGAACUGGGUCUCAGAACUAGGAGCAGAGAAUGCAAACUUUAAAGAAGAAUUAGAAGCAAAAGCAGCAGAAGUGACUUCACUGAAUAAAGAGUUAGAUAAUGAGAAGAAGAGGACCCAAGUUCUGGCUGGAGAAGCCCAGGUUAUGAAAAACUGGGUCGCAGAACUAGGAGCAGAGAAUGCAAACUUUAAAGAAGAAUUAGAAGCAAAAGCAGCAGAAGUGACUUCACUGAAUAAAGAGUUAGACAAUGAGAAGAAGAGGACCCAAGUUCUGGCUGGAGAAGCCCAGGUUAUGAAGAACUGGGUCGCAGAACUUGGAGGACAGAACGCCAAGCUUCAGGAAGAGGUAAAAGAAGAAAAGAUGAGAGGAAGUGAGAUGGCGUCUUCCCUGAGAACCGUCAAAAUAGAGCUCGAAAACAGGGAUCUCCAAAUUGAAAACUUCUUAAACAGGGAGAGAAAAUUGAUAUGUGAAAAAGAAGAACUUGCCGAGAAACUAGGCGUCGCUCUCAAUCACAGGAAGAAACUGGAGAGCUUGCUGGAGGAGGCAGACAAAAAGGUGAGAAAACUCUCAAACGAUUUUGAGGAGGAGGUCCAGAAAAGGGAGAACCAAAUGAGAGAUUUCUUAGGCAAAGAAGAACAACUCAGUGCUGAAAAGCUAGAGUUGGUAGACAGAUUAGAAAAUGCUGUCAAUCUUCUGAUUAAAGAAGAGAGGGAAAAUGUACACUGGCAGCAAAUGUUACAGGAAAAGGAAAAAGAACUAGAGACGAUGAGGAAAGAUGAAGAAGACCAUCACAAACAAAGGAAGAAGAUGGAGAUCCAACUCGAGGAAGAUGAGAAAGAGCUGCAGCAACUUAGAAUGGAAUGUGAACAAUUGAAAGAAAAUUGGAGGAUACAAGAGGAAAAGAUGAUCAGGGAACAACAGCAUCUCAGGGAGCGCCAAAGGAGACAGGAAGAGGCUCUGAGGGAGCAGGACAAAUACAUGCUAAUGACGCUUCUCCAUGGGACAGCUCAGAGGAACUUCCAUCUGCAACAUAUUGCCCUGCAGCAUGGAAUUGAAACUCUGGACAACACCAUUGACAAGGAGAAGCACGAUGAAGGGCAGGAAGAGGACCUGUGGAUGAGGAAGGAUAAACAACACAGGAAAUACUCCGAUGCCCAGCGUGAUAGGACCAACUACCGGAAGCAGUGGGACGCCCUAACCCAGACAUUGAAGGACCUCACUAAUGGAGAUUCUGACAAGAACUGUGAAAUUUCCAACAAAAAACCAGAUGACAAAACUUGUCAUCAGAGGAGCGAAGAAGAGAUCUGUACGAUCGAGCCCCUCAGAGGCGAGACUCGUGAGGAAAAGGAGGACUAA